AUGCACCCAGCCCAGUUCGUUAUGCAAUUGAACCACGCCCCAAGCACUACAGAAGAGGCAAUCGGUUUCCAUACAGUAUCUACUACUCUACUUACUGUAAUGGCUGCAUCUCACAGCCCAACAAGUAGAGAGUCAAGUUGA